AUGGCGAAGUCUUGCAAGGGCCUCGCUACCGAGCUCGUCAAGUGUCUAAGCGAAUCGGACUGUGUCAAAGUUGAGAAUCGUUCCAUCAGGGAUUGUGCCGGAGAGAAGAGUCCCUCCGUCUCCAGUGAGUGCGUCGGACUUCGGGAAACCUAUUUCAACUGCAAGCGAGGCCAGGCAUGUUUUGCUAUCAUCCUCUUUCUCAUAGCUCGAUCUUCGAUUUCAAUUUGGAUCUCAGUGUCAUUACUACUUAUUAGUAUAGUUUCUUGCUGA